AUGGCGCUGAAAAGCUCAGAAAGCGAGGAAGCCAAGGGGCCCAGGCGGGAGGCAGACCAGGAACAGCAGGAGCUGGUGGUUAACCCUCAGCUAGAGCCGGAGCCCUUGCCAGUGCCCCCAAUGGAGCCGAAGCCAGAGCCCCAGCCCCAAACAAAUCCUGAAGCCCUGCCGGAGCUAGAGCUUGAGCCUGAGCCAGAGCACGAAUCGGAGCCUACGCCCACCGUGGAGACCCGCCAUACAGCGCGCGGCUUCCAGCCCCCCGAAGGUGGUUUUGGCUGGAUGGUGGUCUUCGCUGCCACUUGGUGCAAUGGCUCUAUCUUUGGCAUCCAGAACUCCUUCGGGAUCCUCUACUCCAUGCUGCUGCAGGAGGAAAGAGAAAAGAAUCGCCAAGUGGAGUUCCAAGCAGCAUGGGUAGGAGCCCUCUCAAUGGGCAUGAUCUUCUUCUGUUCUCCCAUUGUGAGUAUAUUUACUGAUCGUUUGGGCUGCCGAAUCACAGCAACUGCAGGGGCUGCCGUCGCUUUUAUUGGCCUCCAUACCAGCUCUUUCACCAGCUCACUAAGCCUGCGUUACUUCACCUAUGGGAUUCUCUUUGGUUGUGGCUGCUCCUUCGCCUUUCAGCCAUCUCUCGUCAUCCUGGGCCACUACUUCCAACGUCGCCUGGGUCUGGCCAAUGGUGUAGUGUCUGCUGGGAGUAGCAUCUUCUCCAUAUCCUUCCCCCUUCUCAUCAAAAUGCUGGGGGCUAAGAUAAAGCUUGCCCAAACCUUCCAGGUGCUGAGUACCUUCAUGUUUAUUCUUACGCUGCUUUCCCUCACCUACCGGCCCCUCCUGCCCAGCUCUCAAGACACCCCAAGCAAGAGAGGUGUCCACACCCUAUGCCAAUGCUUUCUGACUCAACUCAGGAAGUACUUCAACAUGCGAGUGUUCCGCCAACGUACCUACCGCAUCUGGGCCUUUGGGAUUGCUGCUGCUGCCCUUGGUUACUUCGUUCCCUAUGUACACCUGAUGAAGUAUGUGGAAGAGGAGUUCUUGGAAAUCAAGCAGACCUGGGUGCUCUUGGUGUGUAUUGGGGCUACCUCAGGCCUCGGGCGCCUUGUAUCAGGCCGUGUCAGUGAUUCCAUUCCUGGACUUAAGAAGAUCUACUUGCAGGUCAUCUCCUUCCUGCUCUUGGGCCUGAUGUCCAUGAUGAUUCCCCUAUGCAGGGGCUUCGGAGGCCUCAUCGUUGUCUGCCUCUUCCUGGGCCUUUGCGAUGGCUUCUUCAUCACCAUCAUGGCCCCCAUUGCAUUUGAACUGGUGGGCCCAAUGCAGGCCUCGCAGGCCAUUGGCUACCUCCUGGGCAUGAUGGCCCUGCCAAUGAUUGCUGGGCCCCCCAUUGCAGGCCUCCUCCGAAACUGUUUUGGGGACUACCAUGUGGCCUUCUACUUUGCUGGUGUGCCCCCAAUAAUUGGAGCUGUAAUCCUCUUCUUUGUCCCUCUGAUGCAUCAAAGGAUGUUCAAGGAAGAGCAAAGGGAUUCAAGCAAGGACAAGAUGUUGGCCCCUGACCCAGACCCCAGUGGGGAGCUGCUGCCGGGCUCCCCCACCCCUGAGGAACCAAUCUAA